GACUUAGUAACCAGCUCUGCACAUAAGACAUUGGUGCAGGUUAAAUUCCAAGCACGUCUUUUAUUUUGCUAGCGAUCCGGGGGGGUAGGGCGUGGAAGAGGGAACUGGGAAGGGAAGAAGGGGAAGUUAUACCUUCCUUUCUUUGUCUUCCUUAGAAAACCAAGCAUGGCGUCUUCCAUGAGGAGCUUGUUUACUGACCACAGAAGAUAUGCUGAAUCUUUUCGGAGGUUUCUCAACAAUUCCACUGAACACCAGUGCAUGCAGGAAUUUAUGGACAAGAAGCUGCCAGGCAUUAUAGCAAGGAUUGGAGACACAAAAUCAGAAAUUAAUAUUCUAAGCAUAGGCGGAGGUGCAGGUGAAAUUGACCUUCAAAUUCUCUCCAAAGUACAAGCUCAAUCUCCAGGAAUUCAUAUCAACAAUGAAGUUGUUGAACCAAGUGCUGAACAAAUCACCAAGUACAAAGAGCUUGUAGCCAAGACAUCAAACCUUGAGAACAUAAAGUUUACGUGGCAUAAGGAGACAUCGUCUGAAUAUCAAAAUAGAAUGAUGGAGAAAAAAGAGCUUCAAAAAUGGGACAUUAUUCAUAUGAUUCAGAUGCUGUAUUACGUAAAAGACAUCCCGGCUACUCUGAAAUUCUUCCAUAGUCUCUUAGCUACCAAUGCUUUGAUCCUAAUUAUUGUUGUGUCGGAAACCAGUGGCUGGGACAAGCUGUGGAAAAAGUAUGAAUCUCGCUUACCCAGGGAUGACCUCUGCCUCUAUGUCUCAUCAUCCGACCUCACUCAGAUGCUGGACAACUUGGGGAUUAAGUAUAAAUGUUACGACCUUCUGUCCACCAUGGACAUAUCUGACUGUUUUAUUGAUGGCAAUGAAAACGGUGACUUGCUUUGGGAUUUUUUGACAGAAACCUGCAACUUUAACACAACGGCACCCCCUGAUCUCAAAGCAGAAAUUAUGAAAGAUCUGCAAGAACCUGAAUUCAGUGUAAAGAAAGAGGGAAAGAUUUUUUUUAACAAUAAUCUGAGUUUCAUAGUGGUUGAGGCAUAAAUAUCCAUCAGAAGAGUAUAUUCAAAAAAUGUAUUUUGAACAAUGCUGAUCAGCCAUUUAUUUCCAUAUUAAAAUUGCAAGUGUGUCCCAUAACAUUGUAAAUAGAGCAUUGUCUCAUAUAUGUGAAAACGUAGAAAUUUCUUGGACUUCCAUAUGGAAUUGUAUGUGAUAACUGCUGGUCUUAUUUCAUCACUUUUUGGGCAAGGACAACACAUGCAGGCCAAAUCGCCACAUAAGUUGGAAUAAUGAGACAACUGUCCUGGUUUACUGACAAUAAAAUCCUUUCAUUUGCUGAUUGUACUGGAAUUUCCUUGAAUACUAAUAAAGUAUAUGUCUAUUGAUACUUUGAAUACUAACAAAUUAUAUGUUUAUUAAUUUUCACCCCUUUUGGGAGGAAGUAUUUGUCUUUGUAUAUCAUUCUUUUUGAUUUCCAUCUUAUUUUACUGAUCAUUAAGAGUGAGCACUUUAGCAUAUUCCAGAAUUAACCCUUCUCAUGCAUUGCCAUUUCCUACCAUUUUGUUUUCUCUUUUAAAUUUAUCUAUGACUUCAUAGUACUUUGUUUGUUUAUUUGAUAUACCCACAUUUUUCUAU